GUGUCUACACUGUAGUAAGCUCCAGGGUCGCCGCCCCCUCCCCUCCCACCGGCGGCCCAGCCCGGCCUGACGUUCUGCGAAGCUCUGAGCCCCUCGGGAGCGGACCCCCGGCCUCACCAUGUCUAACGCAACCUACAAUAAGAUGUGGGGGGAAGCCCAACAAGCCCUCAGCUGUCUGCUGGAGGGAGAGUCCGAGAAGGCGCUGGAGCCGCCCCAGGACCAGGUGGUGAUCUUCCAGAUGCUGGCCACCUUCUACAUCAAGUACGUGCAGAUCUUCCGCCACCUGGAGAACGCCUACGACCAGAUCGUGCACCCGCAGAAGCGCAUCCUGAUCCGCCAGGUGCUGGACGCAGUCAUGGGCCGCAUCCUGGAGCUCAAGAACGAGAUGGUGGAGCUGGAGUUCUCCGAGUUCCAUUACUUUGAUGACAUUCUGCAAGACCUCAAACUGUCUCCGGAACAGCUAGACAUUCCCAUUCCCAAGUACUUUUUGAAGGAGAAGAUGGAGGUACUGAGAGAACGAGAGAAAAUCCUCGCUCGGAUAUUGGCCAAUGCCGGCUUGGAAACUCUGAACCUGAAGCUGCCUCUGAAGGUCAUGUCCCUGGAAGAAGCUGUGAAGCUGAUCCAGAUCUCAGAGAGAGCCCGGCAAGGCCGCCUGAGAGCCGUCUUCAUGAAGCAGAUCUACCAUCAACAUGUCAGAGAGAAACAAACCCGGCUUCGUGUGGAGAAGAUCACGGACGUGGGCUCUGCUGCCGUCCAAAUUCAAAAGUUGUGGCGCUCAUUCCACCAAAGUAGGACAGCUGCAAAGGAAAAGGAAGACGAAAUGGUAUUUCUAGGAAUGGACCCAUCGCCACACAUUCAAGGUUUCAACAACACACUUCUCAAUGCCCAGAAAGUGAAAUUCCUGCGUUACGAGGUCCAGGAGAAGCAUGAGGAGGAGUAUCAGGAAGCUUUAGUUACCAUCAAGACAAAUUUGAAGAUGUUAGAGGGCCCAGAUAUCAGAGAGAAUCUUCAGGACCAGAUCCGGCACUGGUUCAUUGAGUGCAGGAAUAUUACUGGCACAUUUCCUGAUUACCCUAAGGAAGAAGAAGGGGGUUCUGCAAUUAUUUUUUCGGAAAGGACUCCACAACAGGUGAUCCAGGAAAUUAUAGACAAGGAAGAUGAAGAAGGUCUAAAGAAGGCCAAAAAGAAGGAGGCGAAGGAGGAAAAGGAAAAGAAAGAAAAAAAGAAAAAGAAAGAAAAGACAGAAAAAAGGGAAAGCAAAAAGAAUGAAGAAGAAGAAAGAUGGAAAAUGGCACCCAGUCUCUUCAUCCCAGCUAUAGAAGAAGGAAACAGUAAAUAUGAAGGACUCUGGAGGGACAUAGAUGAGUCCUGGAAUUUCCUCCAGGAUUAUGACCCAGAGAUGAUCAAAGAAGAGAAGAGGAAAGAACUGGAAUCAGAGAUCAGAGUUCAGGUGGAUGAGCUGAUGAGACAGGAACUGAAGAAUCUAAAAUUAGCUGUGGACCGAGAAAAGGAAGUCCCAAGAAAAGCAAAGAAGAAGAAGGAAAAAAAGAGAGGAAAAAAGGGGAAAAGAGGCAAAAAGGAGAAAGACCUGACCCCUGACAGGACACUGGAUUCCCUAUAUAAGGAACUGGUAGAAGAAGGAUUAUUAAUAAGACCCUUGAAAGUCCAACUUUCCGAAUACAUUGGUGAAUUUUGUUACCUGGGAACUACCCUCCGCCAUAUAGCGAUAGAACCAAUGCCAUCGCUCUCUGACGUGAGACAGCUCAUCACCUUAUACGGGAUUCUCCCGCUAGGUUCUCAAACGGUACAUGAGAAGGCGCCACUGGUGAAGACCCUGCUGCUGGUGGGGCCCUCUGGCGUGGGGAAGAAGAUGCUGGUCCAUGCCAUCUGCACUGAGACUGGAGCCAACCUCUUUAACCUGUCUUCGACCAACAUCGCUGGGAAGUACCCUGGCAAGACUGGCCUCCAAAUGAUGAUCCACAUGGUCAUGAAGGUGGCUCGGCUGCUACAACCGUCAGUGGUCUGGAUUGGAGAAACCGAAAAAACCUUCUACAAAAAAAUUCCGAAGGUUGAAAAGGAGAUGGAACCUAGACGCCUAAAAAAGCAGCUGCCCAAAAUCAUAAAGCUGAUGAAGCCGGAGGAUCGGAUCCUGAUUGUGGGCACCACGAAGCGCCCCUUUGAGGCUGAUAUCAAGCCCCUGUGCAAAGUCUACCAGAAGAUUAUCAUGAUCCCCAGGCCAGACUACGCCUCCAGAUUCGUAUUGUGGAAGCAAGUGAUUGAACAAGCUGGAGGAAAUAUCACCAAGUCAUUGAACAUCAGUUGUCUCUCCAAGAUCACCGAUGGAUUCACCCAAGGACAAAUAGUCCAAGUCAUAAAAAGCAUUCUCACUGACCGGCGAAUCCGGCUGCAGAAGCAAAAGGCUCUGACAGCCGUGGAGUUCAUCACGAGCUUGGCUCGGAUGGACCCUGUAUACAAAGAGGAGGAAGAAAGCUUUAAGGCUUGGUACUCCAAGACCCCUUUGGGUAAGAAAAGAGCACAUGCAUUGUCUGGAGCUGAUGAAAAGGACAAAGGAAAAGGAAAAGGAAAGGGAAAGGGAAAAGAAAAGAAAGGGAAAAAGAAGGGAAAAGAGAAAAAGUAAUUCUUCAUGUGUUGAUCAUCUUUAACUCUUUCACAUUGAUGUUGAGGUUGACCAUUUCUCUGAAAAGAAUGAAUGCCCUAUGAUGCAGACCUAAGAAAAUCCUGCCUGCUGAAAAAGCCCCAAGGAAAAAAAUUCUUCAAAUUAUGGUUGCCCAUUCAUAGGACACUACAGGACCUGUAUUUUUCAUAUUCAUUCCAUAAAUUGACAAGCCACCACAGAAUAUUUUUGUCUCCUCAGUAUGCUAGUCUUCCUAGGGUUUGUACACAAUGAGACACACCCUUCAAGACCUUGCAUUGCUUGGGCAUUCCGCUUUAGUGCAGCAUUGAAUAUUGAGCUAGAAGCUUAGUAAUUAAAAGGCAUCUUUGUUGGUAGGCUAAUCAAUAUGACUUCUCUAUUUCUCUAUGGUGCCAUUUUAUUAAUUUGUGCACUGUAUAUAUAUAUAUAUCCUCUUA